AUGAAAAGAGGAUCUUUUGGACAUAUUAAUACCAAUAAUUCAUAAAACAAUUAGGCUUUUGAAGCUCAAACAUAAGAAACAUAGAAAGGCAGUAGCAAGUUCAAGAAAUUUAUGACUGAUGACUUCUCUCAUUUUCAAAAGAGAAAGAUUAUAAUAGAAACAGAGUCAAAUCAAUCUGAUUUUAAAUCUCAGGUAUUAAAAGAGAUGGGAUAACAGAAAAACCUUAAGUCUCUUGAAACCCCCCCUAAUUCAAUAAUCAACAGAUUAGAAUAAUAAUAAUGUGUGCCCUUCUAUAUAAAGUAAAGAGAAGAUCAACUUAAACAGGUCAAACAGUAUAAAUCUCACGUUCAACAUCAGAUUUAUUAGGAUGAUGAUGUUAAUAAAAAGGUUUGUAUCUUCCUAAUAGAAGCCUUUUCGGUUAUAUUCAUCAUCCUUAUUACUGCUCAUCUAUUUUUAAACAAGUAUUUAUAGUGA